UUCGGUGCCGGCUUCUGGGGCGGCGGCGACCGCCCCGCUGGUGUGGCCCUCGGUCAGAUGCCCUACAUUCCAGCCUUCCUUUGCCAAGCGCGUUGCGCUUCCCCCUUCCCGGCCUCGGCGCCCAAGAAGGGAACGAGGGGGCCCUUCCCCGCCCGCGUCCUUGACUCUCCCUUGACCCUGGCAAUGGCCCGGGUUGCCGGGCAGGUGGGCCUGGCGCAGCUCCGCCCCCAGGCACGGCCGCCUCCCUCUGCCCAUGGAAGAACCGGCUCAACAAAACAGCUCUUGGCGCCUCUGGCUGGCUCCCUCCUCUUCAGCCAAGACUGGCGGGCAGGAGGCUGGAGGAGGGAGGGAAGCCUCUGCCCUGGGCCCUCCAGUUGCAGGUCCUCUGUAAGGAAUUCUCCAGCACCCAGAGGCAUCUUUUCACACCCUAUACCACUUGCACAGGGAAGAAUACAAUUUUGCACGGCCUGAUUAUGUGUAAACAUGCACUUCUGGAGAGGGUAAACAUUUCUAAGGAAGAAGCAAACUGCAGAGACCCCUGUUGUGCAAUAUGGAUCUCCCAGCACCAUGGGGCAUGGAUUUUUGGCUUGUUGCAGUGCUCCUCUGCCUGGGCUGCGCACCCGAGAGGUCUGUUGUCGUGGGUCUGGAGUAGCCUGGGGUGUUCACGGCUGUCUGCCUUGUGCCAAUGGUGACACAAGAGUGGGGGAUUCUGGGCCAGUCGGAAGGAAUGAAGUGGGCUGCCCCAGAGGGUUUCUGCGAUUGAAUAAUUCCUGCAUUGAUGUGGAUGAGUGCCAGGAGGGCAGCUUCUGCCAAAACGGGGAGUGCACCAACACGCGCGGCAGCUUUGCCUGCGUCUGCCACGAGGGCUACAUCCUUGAUUCCUCCCGCAGCAGCUGCAUCUCCCACCACGUGAUCUCAGAGGUGAAAGGUCCCUGCUUUCGAGUGCUGCGGGACGCUGGAUGCUCCCUCCCCAUCCUCCGCAACAUCACCAAACAGAUCUGCUGCUGCAGCCGAGUGGGCAAGGCCUGGGGCAAGGGCUGCGAGCGGUGUCCGCCUUUCGGCUCGGAGGGGUUCAAGGAGAUCUGUCCAGCCGGACCCGGCUAUCACUACUCCGCCUCUGACCUCCGCUAUGACACUCGCUUCCUUGGCCAGGACCCUCCCAGGGUGCCUGUGACCCGCCAGCAAGGGAGGCAGGGACCUUCCUCCUGGCUGCCUCGCACAACAGCAGCACCAGCCCUCGUUCUCAGGAGUUCCCCACCCACUACCCUGUUGGAGCGCUUUCCUUGGAACCUGCCCACUCAGUCACCUGGAUCUGGGCCACCUGCACCAAGUACUGAAGAGGUUGGGCGAGGGGUGUGUGAACGGCACCCCCAGGUGUGCGGGCCAGGACGUUGCAUCCCCCGCCAGGGGGGCUACACUUGUGUGUGUGAGCGUGGCUACUGGUUGAGCCCUCAAGGCACCCACUGCAUUGAUGUGGAUGAAUGCCGUCGCAGUCCACGCCCCUGUGCCAACGGGGACUGCCAGAACACCCUGGGGAGUUUCAGCUGCAGGUGCCGCGCUGGCUUUCGCGCUGACCCCUCUGGAGUGGAGUGCCAGGAUGUUGACGAAUGUGCUCAAGUGCCCCAGCCCUGUGCGGGUGGGCAUUGCCGCAACACCCUGGGCUCCUUCCGCUGCUCCUGUCCCAGUGGCUAUCAGCCUGACCCCUCUGGCUCUGAAUGCCGAGAUGUAGACGAGUGCCAAGAGAGCCCUCCUGCCUGCCAGCCUGGCCACUGUGAGAACGUGCUGGGGGGAUAUCGCUGCAGCUGUCCCAUUGGUUACCAGCCCAACCCACUAGGGACGCUGUGUGCAGAUGUCGAUGAGUGCCUGCAGAGCCCUCCACCCUGUGGCUCUGGGCGCUGCGAGAACGUGCCUGGAGGAUACCGCUGCCUCUGCCCUGCAGGAUUCCGUGCCAGCCUCACGGAGAACCAGUGCCUGGACAUUGAUGAAUGCGCAGCAACAGGAUUGCCUUGCGGCCCUCAGGGGCGCUGCUUCAACACGGAGGGCUCCUUCCGCUGCCAUUGUGCCCGAGGGUACCGGACAGAGGGCGUGGGGGGGACAUCCUGCGUGGAUGUUAACGAAUGCCUGGAGGGCGACUUCUGCUUCCCACGGGGCGAGUGUCUCAACACCGAGGGCUCUUAUACCUGUCUGUGUGCCCAGGGCUUCAUUGCAACCCCUGACGGGGGCUCCUGUGAGGACAUCAACGAGUGCCUCAGCACCGCGGCCUGUGCUGGAGGGCACUGUGCCAACACCGAUGGCUCGUUCGAUUGUUAUUGCCCCCCCGGCACCCGCAGCACACCUAACAAGGCUUCCUGCGAGGAUAUUGACGAAUGCCAGGAGUAUGGGGCAGCUCUCUGCGGAACACAGCACUGUGAAAACUCAGCUGGCUCGUACCGCUGUGUAGCGGCUUGCCAGGCUGGCUACCGAACCAGCGCCACGGGAGACUGUGUUGAUAUCAAUGAAUGCCAGGAGUACAGGGUGUGUGGAGAGAAGCGAUGUGAGAACACACUGGGGUCCUACCACUGUGUGGCCAGCUGCCAGACGGGCUACCAAGCCACCGCUACUGGGGACUGCGUAGAUGUGGACGAGUGCCAGAACAGUUCUGUGUGUGGUGCCCAUGCCAUCUGCCACAACUUGCUUGGGUCCUUCCAGUGUAUCUGUGACCAGGGCUAUGAAAGUGCCAGGGAUGGACGGCAUUGCUUAGAUGUGAAUGAGUGUGAGACACUACAGGGGGUGUGUGGAACAGCACCGUGUGAAAACGUGGAAGGCUCUUUCUUGUGCAUCUGCCCCCAAGCUGGUGAAGAGUUUGACCCCAUGACUGGCCACUGCAUUGCUUUGCCCGGUGCUGCUCGUCCCCCAGCCUUCCCCAGGCACCCGGAUGCUGUGCAGUCAGAGAGCAGUGACGGCCUGCAACGCGAGUGCUACUAUGACCCCAAUGCAGCCCAGGCCUGUGAGAACGUUCUGGCCAGGAACACCACGCGCCAGGAGUGCUGCUGCAGCCUUGGCCACGGCUGGGGCCUUGACUGCCACAUCCAGGCCUGCCCCUCCUUGGGGACAGCUGAAUUCCAGAGCUUGUGUCCUCACGGCAGUGGCUACGCUACCAUCAACAUCAGAAACGUCCCGGCUGUCGCAGAUGUGGAUGAGUGUGCCCUCUUCAGCUCUCAGGUGUGCAAGGGUGGGGUUUGUGUGAACAAGAUUCCUGGGUACUCCUGCUACUGCCCCAAUGGCUAUUAUUAUGAGACGCAGCACCUGGAGUGCAUUGAUAACGAUGAGUGUCUGGAUGAAGAAGCCGAGCCCUGUGUGGGGGGGCACUGCGUCAACACCAUUGGCUCCUAUUACUGCUCCUGUGCUGCUCCCCUGGUGCUGGACCCCUCCCAGCGCCGUUGCGUGACCAAUGAGAGCCACGGCUUGGAUGACAACCUGGCUGUAUGCUGGCAAGAGGUGGGCCCGGACCUGGUGUGCAGCCGACCCCGCCUGGACCGCCGGGUGACUUACACGGAGUGUUGCUGUCUCUAUGGGGAAGCCUGGAGCAUGAACUGUGCUCUGUGCCCAGCCCGGGACUCUGAUGACUUUGAAGCCCUGUGCAAUGUCCUUCAGCGCCCCAGUUAUGGGCUGAUGCGGGCAGGGAGCCUGGGGGCGCCCUUUGAAUAUGGUGGAGGCGACUUUCUGCCCUAUGGCCCUGAGGUCUACAACCCCCUGGCCCGGCCUGGCCCUCAACUUCCUGGCUACAACCCGCUCCCUCGCGAGUCGCUCUACGGCCCAUCACCCUAUGAGGCAACUGGCCUGGACGAUGCAUCCUACAGUGACACACAGCUGGAGAGCCCAGCUGAGCCACCCCGGGGUGGAUACCAGCCUCGUAGCCCCCCUGAAUCGGACUGGCACUACCCAUCCCAUGGCCGUGGGCCUUCCUAUCCCGAGCGGCCCAGCCGGGCCAGCGAAGAUUACCGUGAGUGGGAGAUGCAGCAGGCCGUUUCGGAGGCGCUGGAGGGCUCCGGCCCGAGGAGUGCGGGAUCCUCAGUGGCUGCGAAAAUGGGCAGUGUGUCCAAGUCGCCGACGGGUUCACCUGCUCCUGUAAUGAGGGCUACCGUCUUGACCCAACCCACAUGGCCUGCCGUGAUAUUGACGAAUGCAGGGAGAUGGAGAGGCUCUGCUCUGGUGGUCGCUGCCUCAACCUGGACGGCUCCUACCGCUGCCUGUGCCCCCCCAGCACUGUGCCCACCGGACAGCCCCCCCGCUGCCUCCACACCCCCCGCAGCCGAGCCUGAGCUGGGGCGGGUGGGGAAAUAUUUAUUACUUGUCCAGGCGGGGAAUGGAGGAAGGUAGUGAAGGUGAAAGGACCCUUUGCCUGCCCCACCCUUCCUGCCCCAGGAAGUUGUCGGCCUGCAGCCCCUGGAGGAGCCUGGGAAUGCGGUUAGUGCUGGGCGGGCAGUGCUCAGGAGAGGCGGGUCUCCCCUGCUUCUGGUUAGUGCUGUGGGGGGUGGGGGUGGCAGAAGUUCCAAAAUAGGGUUCAAUACUCUCCCCAAUAAGUAUUGUCCUUGGAAGGGGGAAGCCAAUGUGGCUACCUCCCUGCUUGGUCCCAGGGGCCCCUGAUUGAAAACGUCUUCUCACCCUUGGAAAUUUUUUUCCAAAGGGCCCCCCAAGACCUG